GACUCUGGACUAGAGAGUCCACCAAGAGUCAACAGCCAAGAGCCCGACAGAAGGUGGCACCUCCCGGCAAAACAUGGACACCUUCUUCCGCCGCCAUUUUAGGAGGAGCAGGGGGGUCGUGGCCGGCCGGCCCACCGCGGAGGAGGACUUCCAGGCCAGGCUGAGGCGGCCGAGCGUGGCGCUGGCAGGCAGUCGAGCGCGGCGGCGCUCCAGCGUGGGGCUCGCUUCCUCCUCUCUGGCACAGAGGCGCCGCUCCAGCGUGCAGCUGCAGGGAGUCCUCCAAGCCACUGGGGGGCAUUGUCCCGCAUUAACACGCUCUGUAGCAGGAGGGGGAGGGGGAGGGGGAGGGAGCAACCGCCGGCGCUCCAGCACCACUACCCCCAACGCCAACCCUCGUUUCGCCGUCGGCACACCGCGGCUGUACCGCCACCGAGCUGGACGCGGUGCUGGUGGAGGCGGUGGUGGUGGCGUACGUGGUGCCGACACACGCUUGCGGACUAUCGACACACACCUGUUGGGACCCUCCAUGCUGCUGGCCAGCCUGAUCCAGAUGAGUGAGGAGCAGGAGGAUGGUGGCAUCGUCCCCCAGCUGGGGCCACCGCAGGGGCCACAACAGCAGCAGGAGCAGGAGCAGGAGCAGGAGGUGAUGGAGCCUAGCACCAGCAGCACAGCAGAGUUGCCACUCAACCACAGCGAUAACGACAACAACAGUGACAGUGGCAGCUCGGACGGCUGGCCUGACUCGGAGGUGGAGGUGUCCGAUCGGGAGCUUGAGGAUACGGCCGCAUGGAGAUGGGGGGGUGAGGAGAGGGAGAGGGAGAGGGAGAGGGAGAGGGAGAGGGAGAGGGAGAGGGAGAGGGAGAGGCGACCGCUGGGCACCCUGGUGGAGUGCGUGGCGGCGUCGGGCAGCCGUCCGCUCAUCCGUGCCCCGCGCUGCCUGCGUCGCAACUCCUCGCUCCUUGUCACCUCGGCAACCGGUUACCACGCAAACCAGCGCUGUGGCAACAGGCAGCGGCGUGUCUCCACCAUCUCCAAAGCAGGAAGUCCCUGGCCGGGGCGGGGCCUGCCGUUGCCUAGCCGACGGAACUCCACCGCCUGUCGCCGGCUGUCCGUUUAUCAUGGCAACCUCAGCCCGCUGCUGGGAGGUUACUACGACCCCCGCUUGGAGUCCUGGAAGGGAUUCCUCUCGAAAGCCAUUGCCAAGUCUGCUCAGCAUGUGACCCAGUCCAGUGCCACACUUCCCGCCUGCAGCGGCGCCGUCCAGAUCUGCAGCAGCGUCGAUUGGAGUGAGAACGCUGCGUAUGGCCAGCAUGUUUGGUUCGAGAGCAGCGGAAACGCUGACUUCUGCUAUGUGGGAGAGCAAUACUGCUUCGCCAAGUCGCUGCAAAAAUCGAUGACUCGCUAUAAGUGUGCAGCCUGCAAAAUAGCAGUUCAUGUGGACUGCAUGGAGCAGUUAGAAAAGAUUAGUUUCAGAUGCAAACCCUCCUUUAGGGACCCGGGGACACGAAACAUUCGAGAGCCAAGUGUAGUGCGUCAUCACUGGGUACAUCGAAGACGGCAAGAUGGAAAGUGUAGGCAAUGUGGUCGAGGUUUUCAGCAGAAGUUUGCGUUCCACAGCAAAGACAUUGUUGCCAUCAGCUGUUCAUGGUGUAAACAGGCAUACCAUAACAAGGUCAGCUGUUUCAUGCUGCAGCAGAUUGAGGAGCCGUGUUCUCUUGGGGCUCAUGCCUCUGUCAUCGUGCCCCCUACCUGGGUCAUACGCAUACGCAAGUCCUCCUUAAAAUCAAGUAAAAAGAAAAAGAGGUCGGUAAAAUCCAAGGCCGGCAAGAAGGGACUUGAGGAGGGGAAGUGGAGGCACUUUGUAAUAAAGCCCUUGCCGUCCCAACACAUGAAGCCAGUGCUCGUCUUUGUCAACCCGAGGAGCGGCGGGAAUCAGGGAACUAAAAUCAUUCGAUCCUUCAUGUGGUACUUGAACCCGCGCCAAGUCUUCGAUCUCAGUGUAGGGGGCCCCAAGGAGGGGCUGGAGAUGUACAGGAAAGUGCCCAACCUGCGGAUCCUCGCCUGUGGAGGAGAUGGCACUGUGGGAUGGAUCCUGUCGGUUCUGGACCAAUUACAGAUCAGCCCUCCGCCUGCCGUGGCCAUCCUGCCCCUGGGUACUGGCAAUGACCUGGCCAGGACACUGAACUGGGGAGGGGGCUACACAGACGAGCCCGUGUCAAAGAUCCUCUCUCACGUGGAGGAUGGCAACAUUGUGCAGCUGGACCGCUGGAACCUGGAGGUGGAGCCCAACCCAGAGGCCAGCCAGGAGGACACGGACGAGAACCAGACAGACAAGCUUCCUAUCGACGUCUUCAACAACUACUUCAGCCUGGGGUUCGAUGCUCAUGUCACGCUGGAGUUCCAUGAGUCUCGAGAGGCCAACCCUGAGAAAUUCAAUAGUCGCUUCAGGAACAAGAUGUUCUAUGCAGGGACGGCCUUCUCAGACUUUCUUAUGCGGAGCUCCAAAGACCUCUCCAAACAUAUCAGAGUAGAGUGCGACGGUGUGGAUCUCACCGGUAAAGUGCAGGACCUCAAACUGCAGUGCCUCCUGUUCCUCAACAUCCCCAGGUACUGUGCGGGCACCAUGCCCUGGGGUAACCCAAGUGAGCAUCACGACUUUGAGCCUCAGCGCCAUGACGACGGCUACAUUGAAGUCAUCGGAUUCACAAUGACAUCACUGGCAACUCUCCAGGUGGGCGGGCAUGGUGAGCGCCUGUGCCAGUGUCGCGCGGCCAUCCUGACCACCAGUAAGCCCAUUCCCAUGCAGGUGGACGGGGAGCCCUGCCGACUGGCGCCAUCCACCAUCCACAUCACCCUCCGCAACCAGGCCAACAUGCUGCAGAAGGCCAAGCGGAGGAUAUCACUGCCACAGCUCAACGACCAACAUCCCAUCCCUGAGUCCAUGCAGAUCCAGGUGCGGCGCAUCAGCAUGCUGGACUAUGAGGCCCUGCACUACGACAAGGACCAGCUGAAGCAAGCCUCGGUCCCCAUGGGCGUCAUCACUGUACCUGGAGACUGCGACCUGGAGGUCUGUCGCUCCCACAUAGACAACCUGCAGGAGGGGGCAGACGGCAUGCAGUCAGACACACUGCUCUCCCAGAAGCUCUCCCCUAAAUGGUGCUUCCUGGACUCCACAACAGCAGACCGGUUCUACAGGAUCGAUCGAGCUCAGGAGCAUCUGAACUAUGUCACGGAGAUCUCUCAGGACGAGCUCUUUAUCCUUGACCCCGAGCUGGUUGCCAAGGAGACGGUAGGCACCUCCCCAGGAAUGCCUCAUUUGGUGGAGUCCUGUGGGGAGGCUUCCAGCUCCAGCUCCAGCAGGACGCCCCAGUUCCCCUUCCCCCCCUCCUCCUCCUCAUCCUCCUCCUGCUGCUGCUCCUCCAGCACCACCACCACCGCCACCGCCGCCUGCAUUCCCCCCUCCUCUCUGGGCCAAAGGUGUUCUGCUCCAGCAGCACUGGGGCAGCGUAAGCGAACGUCUAGUGACAGCUCCGUGUCUGACGCUCUGACACACAGCAACUCCACUGGCAGCACCAAAGCCGGCCUGACCAGGAGGGGCGCUAAGAUAGUGAAUGUGCAUCGCUCUAACACCACUGAGGCACGUUUCACACCUGUGGACAGCCCUGAGUGUGACCAUGCUGACAGAGAGUCGUGGACGUUACUGACUGACUGCAUCAGGGCUAAUAACACUGAAAAGCUGAAGGAGCUUCAUGUGCAGGGCGCCUCUCUGGAGCAUCAGGACUCCGCUGGCUGUACGCUGCUGCACCACGCCGUCACCGCCGGCAACAGCGACAUGGUCAAAUACAUCACACAGCACGUUUCCAAAAGCCUGCUGGACAUGACCGAGAAGGAGACGGGCCAGACGGCUCUCCACAAGGCCGCUCUCCUCUCCCACAGAACCAUCUGCAUAUACCUAGUGGACGCCGGAGCCUCCCUCACCAAGACAGACCUGCAGGGUGCGACGGCCAGAGAGAAGUGUGAGGAUCCAGAGUUGGCUGAAUACCUGGACAAGAGUGAACACCACCGCAUGAUUCAACAGGAAAACCAGGAGACAGACGUCUGAAUAACUCUCACAAACGCACACACACACACACACACACACACACACACACACACACACACACACACACACACACACACACACACACACACACACACACACACACACGCACACCGCCUCUCACGGACACAACAUACACACUAUACGCACACAGUCUGACUCUCUCUCUCACACACACACACACACACAACUAGAUGAUCCAGAAGGAGGGUCAGCAUGGGCCGUCUGAAAGACGAGCACAUACCACACACACACACACACACACACACACACACACACACACACACACACACACACACACACACGGGUCCGUGGCAUGUCCGCUCUGCCUGUGGAAGGUUAUCAGGCCGUACUCAUUCCGAGGGAAGAAUAUGGAGGAGUGCGUUGUGGAAUGUUCCUCCUCCUCAUAACCAGUGUCUUCUGGAGUCAGAGUAACCCCGACCUGACAUUGGCAUUCACAUACUGACACACAGAUGACGUUACACAAGCACAACUGACCAAAACGUGCGCACGCACGCACGCACGCACACACGCACACACACACACACACACACACACACACACACACACACACACACACACACACACACACACACACACACACACACACACACCUACACCUGUGGGCAGAGGGCCAGAUUAGGGGAUUGAAUAUGGGCUCUUGCUCUCUGGGUGGUGUUGGCCGUCUAUUUGUGGAAUGAAAUCCAUGUCAAACCUGAAUUGUAAACCUGAAACCUGCUCAUUGAACAUCAGCCUUACAUAUAUUACACUUUACACUCAUCCUGAAGCUGCUCCCUUAAACGUGAACCUUACAUGAGAAACUAACACUCUCUCUCUCUCUCUCUCUCUCUCUCUCUCUCUCUCUCUCUCUCUCUCUCUCUCUCUCUCUCUCUCUCUCUCUCUCUCUCUCUCUCUCUCUAGUAUCCCUCACACACACACGUACACACAGAGAGUCUCUUUGACACACACGUCUUACAUGACAUACAGUAUAGUACAGUAACUCAAUGUUGAAACUCGACCCGUGGUCAUCCCCCACAUGGCCACACUCUGGUCUACAUGUACCUCUUCUCUCUCCUCUGCUCUGCUCUGCUCUGGGGACAUGUGUCCGUCAUCGUUCCGCCAGCUCGGCUUUCCGCUUGUGACUGACAUGUGAUGCAGUGGUUGCCUUGGUUACGUGGAUGUGCCCUGCUUCUCACCCCCACUCCCCUUAGUAGCUUGGGCUCAGAGCUCUGCUGCGGGCCGCCCUGCUCUCCUCUCCUCUCCUCUGCUCUGCUCUGCUCUGUUUUGGUCUGGUGGCACACCGGCAGGUGGCCCAACUGCCAACCGCUAAAACAUGCCCAUCCCCAUGGCUGUUCUACUCAGUGCUUUCUAUAGAUGUUUACGUAUGAUUCUGAUGACUAUUAUUGUUAUUUUAUCCUAUUAUUCUCUGAGUACUUUAUAUAUUAUACAUGUAUACAUAGAUGUUUACUUUUAAUAAGCUUUUAAGUCACAUUUUAAUGCCUAAUGUCUCAGGCAAUGCCCGUGCCCAAUGGUGUUUAGAAAAAAUGUCGAGGCGAGCAGGGUGUUUUCAGAGUGAUGCUCAUGCCUUCAGCAAAGACGACAUUACUCGCUGCUUUUGUGGCAUCACUCUUCAAUGCCACGUUCCGUUUCCUGGUUGUUUCUAAGGGCAUGGUUGUUACGGACACAAACGAGACAGAUGGGCAGCCGAAUUUGAGCACAGCAGUAUGUCAGCCUGUGUGUGUGUGUGUGUGUGUGUGUGUGUGUGUGUGUGUGUGUGUGUGUGUGUGUGUGUGUGUGUGUGUGUGUGUGUGUGUGUGUGUGUGUGUGUGUGUGUGUGUCUGUCUGUCUGUCUGUCUGUCUGUCUGUCUGUCUGUCUGUCUCUGUCUCUGUCUCUGUCUCUGUGCCAGUGCUGCUCUAAGGUUCAUGCGCUGUGAGCUUCUUACUAAAACCUGUACAUACUGUAUUUGGACCAGAAUAACACACUGACUUUAGCAGACGAUCACUGCUACUACCCUAGGACAGGUGUUUCCUGCAUCACUGCUAACACUACAACACAGGUGAUCUCUGUGAACGCUGUGCUCCUCUACAGACUGGGGAAGCUGAAGCAUUGGUAUCUGCCACUUAUGGAGGUUCACAGCCGCCUCUUUCCUUAUGAUACUGUUCGUGUCCGCUUUGUGUGACUCGCUGCUUGUAUACUGUAUUUUCUAGCACAUAUCGACUGUUCUGGGUAAACAAUAACGAUAGAAAAUAUUAAACUUUUUUUUUUUGUAAAAUAUACUGUAUGUACCGUACCUCUGACUUUUUAGUGUUAUUUAAUCCAACUUUUCAGGCACUUACGUCCGUUUACCAGAGAGCUUUAAUAUGUCGCCAGUAUGUGCUUUGUCCAUGCUCUUUUGAGUUGCUGUGCAAUUCAGAGUUAGAAGAUAUAUUUGUAUAAAGCAUUUAACGCAAUGUGUGCUGGUUAGAUUGAAUGAUGUCUUUGUAUUAUCCCAUUGCAACCUCAGAAUGCCUCCUGUCUAUGAUGUUUGAUGGAGUAAAGUGUGUGAGAUGUAAACAAAAUAUGUUAAAAGUUUGAUAUGUUAGGUCAUAUCUCUGAUGGGAGUGGGAGCUUGUUGCUUUUUGUUUACUUGAAACAAUAAACAAUUGUUUGCUGUCUACUUGG